CAGCACGGUACACCAAAUCCACAAAUCGGUUGUGACUCGUGAAUUUCUGCUAAUUCAUUUUAAGAUCCUUAAUAACUGAACGUAGAUACAAAUACAUAAUGAUUCUGUACAAGAUUACAAACGUAUUAGCGUUAUCAAUAUUGUGGAUUCUUCUCAUAAUCCAAGUAACAGAAGGUUCUAAAGCAGAGUUUGUUACGUGCGGCACCAUACUAAAAAUAAUGAAUGUGGAUUUGCGUCUGAGGCUGCAUUCGCAUGAUGUGAAGUACGGCUCGGGUUCCGGCCAGCAAUCCGUCACCGCUGUCGACGCUGCGGACGACUACAACAGUCACUGGCUGGUUCGCGCUCCCAUGGGCGAGACAUGUAAAAGAGGAGAGCCUGUUAAGUGCAACUCCAACAUCCGUCUCCAUCAUGUAUCCAGUAAGAAGAAUCUCCACUCACACUAUUUCUCAUCUCCAUUGUCUGGCAACCAAGAGGUGUCUUGCUACGGCGAUGAUGGUGGUGAAGGAGACAGCGGCGAUCACUGGACUGUGGUCUGCAACAAUGACUACUGGAGAAGAGACACCCCAAUUAAGUUGAGACAUGUUGACACUGCUGCGUUUUUGGCUGGUUCAGGACGCACAUUUGGUCGGCCUAUCAGUGGACAGGGUGAGAUAGUGGGUGUCACUUCACAGUACGGGGCUUAUACUGACUGGCAGGCUAAAGAGGGCUUGUUUGUUCAUCCUAGUGACCCACUACCCAUGCAGCAUGCAAUCCACACAGAAUUAUAAUGUCAAGCCCAAUCUUAUUUACGUUUUUGUCAGAUUGACUAAAUGUGAAUAUUGUGUUACACUCUCCUAAUUUAUAAAUCAUUCAUAAGUUUAUACUACACUACCUCCUCCAAAACUGAAAACAAAAGCUAAGCGAAUUACAAUUGCUUACCUUAACCUUUUGAACGCCAAGGUGCAUCUAUUUGCCGUGCCACUGACGCCAUGGGGGUAAAAUUUAGUUUUGUGAAUAAAUAAUGCCAAACUAAAAGUGGGGUGUUUUUCAGUAGAUUUUCAUCAAAAAACGAUCGACGUCAAAUGCCGUCUUUGGCGUCGUUGUCACGAUUUUGCGUUGACGUCAAUUGCUGUCUGUGGCGUUCAAAAGGUUAAAUAGCUAUAACUAUGCAGAGAUUUCUGCUACAACUAUCAGUCGGUUCAGUGCUAUUUUACUUGACAAACAAUACUGUAUUCUUUGGAACUAACUAUCCUUCACAAAAUAAACAUUUUUAAACUUUCAGAGGUCAAGGCAUGUAUUAUAUUCAACGUCAAACAUGUUAAGAAGCUCAACAAUUUGUCCAUGUAACACAGCAAUACCUAAGUACAUCAUUUGUCUAUUAAAUCAGAUAUAUGACGUGAUCUUUACCCAGUACUACAGAGAUAGUUCCAGUCGUGCAUUAGUUAUAAUUAAUAUAAAUGUAACCUUCAUUCGUUUCAACCAGGUUAAACAGGUCCUCAGACAAUGGCAGUGCAGCGGAUAAGUUUAUACCUAUCACUCACUGUAAUUCAAAUAAUAUUAUUGUUGUUUGUGCACUGUAUGCUUUAGUAGUCUACUCUGUACUAGGGAUGUUGCGGAUAUUCGCAUCCGCAUCCGCGGAACAUCCGCAUGAUUUUCAACAUCCGCAUCCGCAUAAAAUCGAUGCGGAGCAUCCGCAUGAUGCGGAUGUCGACCAAGUCGGCGGCGUAAGUGCUAGGUAAUUGCGUCAUUAUAUGUAACGAAAUCGUCUAGAUCCCGAAAAGUCGGCCAAGUUACUGUUUAUUAAAUAAAACGCACCUAUAUUCUUGCUCAAAUACUAAACGUUUCGUUUUUUUAAAUAGAAAAUGCUAAAAAUGUAAUAUUUGACGUUUUUUAAGUACUAAAUCUUGACAUCCGCAUCCGCGGAUGUGAGACUUUAAAUAUCCGCAUCCGCAUCCGCGGAUGUCAAAAAAUCUGCAUCCGCAACAUCCCUACUCUGUACUGUACCAACAUGUUAUGAGGUGCACAGUAUACGCACCUGCUAAAUCGGUGUAUUCCCUUCAUGGGAUAGAUGGGAAUGAUUUAUAUGAAUGCAUCUAGCGGGGAUAAAUGGGAAUACACCGCCUGGAAAGGAGUUUUAACUGACGUAUUUAUGUAAAGAGAUCUUGUAGGAAAGCAUAUUAAUACAAAGGAUACUACUCAAGAAUUCGGUCCUGGAUAGUUUUUAACCUGGAUGAAAUGCCUGUCACAAGAAUAGAGUUCCUGUUUCUUUUAAAUUUCAAGCUCAUUCCAAAAUAAUCGGUAACAUAAGGUUUAUGUGAUACUUAUUUCUAAGUUGUGGUUAAUUCUUAGACCAUUAAUUGUAUGCAGUUUUGAUUUUCAAUUUUAUAAAGACGUUUUGCUACGAAACUUAAUCCAGUUUCAGUGAUGGAAUUGUAAUAAAAAUUAAAUAAACGAUAUAGGUACGUAGUGAAA